AAUAGGACAACCACACGCCAAUCUUACACAUGCCCCUUUGUCGACCGUUAUCUGACUAUGACAUCAGAAAUAACAGACGACGAUUACUGCUUGCUUGCCAAGUCACAUUCCUGAGUCUCAGCUCCCCAGCUCUUCUCAACUCAAAAACGAUGUUCCCUUGGCCCUGAACCUGCCAUCAAAAAUUGCCCGAUCCGAAUUUCCGACAUAAGCCGGAAUUAGGGUUGCUGCCGACGGGCCGGUUUUACAGAGUAAUUAUGGAGAGAGUGGGUGGGUUGCCGUCAGUUGUCUGGGUACGGAUGACUCCGUAUUGAAAUAUUGAGUGCUCACGAGUGUGAAGAGAUGAAGUGAACAUUCAAAUCCACUGCACGGAGUAUGUCCGUAUUGAAUUUGGAAGAGAGCACACUCAAAAGCGAAGGAGUCUGCUUGUCGUGAGCGGUAUACAUCCUGCCAUCAUCCUGCCAAAUUCAUGUGGGCCGUAGAAUGGAGGAUGCUCAGUCAGUUCCAAGUUGGGAUGGUCGAGUUGGUGUUGAUAUUGAUGUUGCAGGUCCCGGUUACCAUCGCUGGCUGGAAAAAUGAUGGAGGAAUGCAGGGUGAGCCUAUUAUGCAGCUAAAUAACACAAAUACGGGCGUUGUUGAGAAUUCAGGAGGCCUUCGUCGCACAGUAAAGUAAUCCAGUAUCAAUCUCAAGGAGGAAGAGUAUCUGUACUCUGUACGG